GAUCAUAUGCGGAAGCGUGUGCACGGAGCUUCUCAGCAGAGAAGACGAACCAGUGCGGGAAGUAGAAGGCCACCACAAACACUACCACAAAUCCAACAGCCGCCCCGAUGCUGGACUGGUCGUUGAUUCUCCUCCGGGCCGGGCACUCAUCCAAUGGUACACCACAAAGCCCGUGGUUACCAGCAAAGUUUGAAGACAGAAUUCAAGCCAGAUGGAUAUUUGGGUUUGUCAUAUUCUCAUCUGUGAGUUUUUUUUCUUUGUGCAGUACUCCAAUCUACAUGGGUAAACAAACAUAGUUGAGUUUUUUUUUAUUGUCAUAUACUCAUCAUUUUUUUUGGAAUUGUGUCUCACUCUACAAAUCCAUAUAGUAGACAAACAUCAUAUUUAAACCGGAAUUCAAAUUCAAUCAGAUGAAAUCCUAUCGAAAAUUGGAUUUCAUUUCAUUUCUACGGUUCUACCAAUCGAAAUGAAAGGAGUAAUGCCAAACGAGCUCUGAAAUGACACAAAAAUAUCACUGCAAACUGAUACUUCCAUUUCUCUUUCUAAACGUGCCAAACCUAGACGUACGGCUGGAGAUAUUGUUUAGCUCGCACUAAUCCUGUACGUCGACAUAGAAAGCAAACGGUAUAAUGCAGUGAAGUUUACAUCAUGGCGUCGCCCGCCGUUGCUUGGCAUCGAGUAGUUUGCUUGUAGUUAGCUGUCCUUUACAUCAUAACGGAGUAUACUUUCAGCUAGUAGUUUGCUUGUAUAAUGCAGUACACUUUACAUCAUAACGGAGUAUACUUUCAGCUAGUAGUUUGCUUGUAGUUAGCUGUCCUUUACGCGGCAGCAAAGGCAAUAAAACCUUGCUUGAUUAUGUAAUAAAGGUUUGCCUGUCCUUCAUUUCUGGUGGGUACCGUACGUGUGCAACAGCAUGGAGUACGUGCUACAGCAGUAGCUAGCAUUUUCUUUUCUGUUGUUUCCACUAGUAGUAGAUCGUGACGGACAGAUCGAGCAUGCAUGACCUUUGAUGGCAGAUGGCCAAGCGCGUCUAUCUCGGUGCCACCGACGGGAACAUGGUAGCUUUCUUACUGCUAGAGGGCAUUGUUUCUGAUAGAAAGAUCUUUUAGUUGCUUUUCAGUAUUCCGAUAUUUUGGCACGGCAAAAUUUUCUGAAAGAAAAGAGCAACACACACAGGCAGAGUCCUUUGGUCUUUUCGAGCGCCUGGCCGCGCGAGGUCUUCUCAAUGUGCGUCCUUCUUUACGGACAAUGCGGUGAUCUUCAUGCAACCGACUGAGAGAGAACUGCGGGCAACUGUGCUGGUGCUUGAGGACUUUGGUGUGGUCUCCGAGCUACAUGUAAAUUUUCAGAAGACUUGAGCGCAUUUAAUCCGUUGCUCGGAUGAGCACGACCUCCUUGUGGGUGGCACGCUUGGUUGUGAGGUGGGGCCUUUCCCAUGUACCUACUUGGACUUACCCCUCGGGCUUCGGAAGCCAACGACAACUCAACUUUCAUCUAUGGUGGACAAGGUGGCGAAUAAGUUCCAGACAUGGUCCGCCCCUAUGCUUACUCUUGGGGGAUGGCUCACCCUUGUUAGAUCGACCCUCUUAGCUAUGCCGGUCUAUGCCAUGAUGUUUCUCGACCUUCCUAUGAAGACCAUUGCGGGCAUAGAGAAGAUCUGCCGUGGGUUCUUGUGGAAAGGCAGAAAAGACGUCCGUGGAGGACACUGCUUAGUGGCAUGGAAAGAUGUUUGCUGCCUUCGCGAGAUUGUUGGUUUAGGCAUCCCCAAUCUGAAGCUGCUCAAUCUUGCACUCAGAACACGAUGGGGGUGGCUAUGUCGUGCGGACCCGACGCGCCCAUGGGCUGAAUUCAACAUCCAAAUCCCGGAACACGCCAGAGCACUUUGUGAGGCGGCGAUUGAGGUGGCCAGGGGGAACGGUGAAGCCCUACAUUUUUGGUAUGAUCCUUGGCUAUCGGAGGGGAGUUCGCUUGCGGAUUUGGCGCCUACGCUGGUAUCGGAGAUCUCAGGUAGGGCAUUCAGGCUUUCUGUGGCCGAGGCUUUGCAUGCCAAUGGUUGGCUUCGGGCCAUCCACCUGGAGCUCUCCUUUCAGGCGCUUGUGGAUCUUCUGGUGGUUCAUGACCGCGUGGCUGAGGUGAUUCUUUCAGACGAUGAUGAUCGUUUCCGUUGGAAAUGGAGCGACAAUGGGGCCCACACGGCCUCGUCUGCGUACGCGGCUUUCUUCCGGGGUCGUGUGCUUGCUACGGGGGCUACUGAGGUCUGGUUCUCCAAGGCGCCAACUAAGUGCAAGACCUUCAUGUGGUUGGUUCUAAAAAAUAGAUGUUGGACGGCGGAUAGGCUUUCGAAGCGGGGUUUGCCCCACCCGGCACGCUGCCCUUUGUGUGAUCAAAGCGAUAAGACCAUUGACCAUCUUCUUCUUGGUUGCGUCGUGGCUCGGGAAGUGUGGUCGACCUCGCUACGGGGCUGGAACAGGCUUUGCUGGCUCCCUACUCCGCAAGCCUCUCUUGCCGAAUGGUGGACGAGCCUUGUGGUGCAAGGCAAGAAAGAGAAGAGGAACCUCAACACUAGCAUUACUCUCAUCUGCUGGUGCCUCUGGAAGCACAGGAACUCGGUGGUGUUCGAUGCAGCGUCUCCGAGUGCUUGAAAAAUACAACAAAUGUCAAUAGUGAAGGAAGGGUUUGGUCGAGCGUGGGUCUUUUUCAUAAUGCAGAUUUUUCGCUUUCUUGUCUAGUGGAUUCCUUGUGGAAUGUAACAGAGUAGUCGCUUUACUGAUGCCUACGAGCAUGUAACCGCGUCGCGGAAUCCUUCUUCAAUA